AUGGAAGAGGAGAAUGAGAUGAUAGGUGGGCCAGGGAUUGAAGUUGAGAUUGAUGAGAGUAAGUUUGGGAAGCGUAAGUUUCACCGAGGAAGGCGAGUGGAUGGUGUGUGGGUGUUUGGGGGUAUCGAGAAAGAAAGUAACAGGAUGUUUUUGGAAGUUGUGGAGAAGCGUGAUGCAGAUACCCUUUUGAGUGUGCUGAGAAAAUGCCCUUUCUGUAAGACAGAUGAGCUGUUUAAUGCAUAUGAGGCAAAGAUCUUCUCCUUUAGAGAAAGGGGUAUUAUAAGCAUGGAUGAAGGUGAGGAGAUGGUGCAUCAAGUGAACACAAAGCGCCAGGGAACCUGGGCUGAUAGUGAUGUGGAAAAGUCUCUCAAGAGCAUCCUUAACUUCUGCAGACAUCAUGGUGUGCCACAUCGUCAGAAGAAUUUGCUUGAAGCGGGAGCUGCACACAUGCGUUACUUGGAUGCAUUGAAAAAGGAAUUUAAGCCUCUGAGAGCAGUAUGGCUUGCAGCCAGAGAACAAGUGUCAGCAGUAGAUGAACUGGACAUGGCAACAACCCGACUCCGUGUCCGCCUACAAGAUGAACCUCAGCCAGAGCUCCCUCAGCCCAAUAUAAUAGAGAAAGGACAGGUGGGGGUGCAUAGAAUGAGACUGGUGGGAGACAAGGCUAAUGCUGAGGCGGAGCUGAGGAAGAAACUGGGCCAACUGCUGUACCUGACCAACUUGGCAAGGUCUGAGGAAGGGAAGGAUGGGAAUGGCUCCAACCCAGAUCCUUGCCCCAUCUGUCAGAAAGCUUUAGGUGUGGAAUGGAGUGUUCUGCUGUGUGGUCACUGUUAUUGCCUGGACUGUAUACGGAUCAUGGCUGACCAGUACAGCUUUGGUGGACGCAACCGUUCGCUCAAGUGUGCCCUGUGUCGCCAGGCAACACAUCAUUCUGACAUCUCUUAUGUCAGCACAAGGAAAUCUGCUGAGGAAGAAGAAGAUACCAUGGUGACUGGCAGCCACUCAACCAAGGUAAAGGCAGUUGUCAGUUGUAUCAAGAAAAUAUGCAAGGAGGACCAAACAGCCAAAGCUCUGAUCUUCUCAACGUGGCAUGAUGUGCUGGACGUUAUAGCCAAGGCUUUGCAGCAAAACAACUUAGCUUUCAGAUCCCUUCACAUCGCAGGAAAGUUUCAGCAAAACCUCAGAGAAUUUAAAGAAGACGUGAAUGUAACAUGUCUACUGAUACCCCUUCACUUGGGUUCCAAAGGGUUGAAUCUUAUAGAGGCUACUCAUGUUUUGCUGGUUGAACCUAUUCUCAACCCAGCUGAGGAAUUACAGGCUGUUGGCAGAGUUCAUAGGAUAGGCCAGACGAAGUCUACACACAUUCACAAGUUCCUUGUUCGUGGAACUAUUGAACAAAGAAUCAAUAGCAUGGUCAAGUCAAUGUCAACUUCUGAUACAGCUUAUAGUGGUGAAGAUCAUACAAUGACAAUUGGUGACUUGGCAGCACUUUUUACUGAAGUUAACACAGAGGUAGAAACAGAAAAUGCAGCACCACCUAUAGAGGAAGAAGGCAGUUUUCUAGGCACUCUAAAUGAACCAAUUCAAAGAUCCAGCAACUUGUUGGGAGGCCUGGUUUCAGUUGCAAGCUCUAUGAUGCAUGAACUGCUCCCUGGCACAAGCUCUAUGAUGCAUGAACUGCUCCCUGGCACAAGCUCUAUGAUGCAUGAACCACUCCCUGGCACAAGCUCUAUGAUGCAUGAACCACUCCCUGGCACAAGCUCUAUGAUGCAUGAACUGCUCCCUGGCACAAGCUCUAUGAUGCAUGAACCACUCCCUGGCACAAGCUCUAUGAUGCAUGAACUGCUCCCUGGCACAAGCUCUAUGAUGCAUGAACCACUCCCUGGCACAAGCUCUAUGAUGCAUGAACCACUCCCUGGCACAAGCUCUAUGAUGCAUGAACCACUCCCUGGCACAAGCUCUAUGAUGCAUGAACCGCUCCCUGGCACAAGCUCUUUGAUGCAUGAACCACUCCCUGGCACAAGCUCUGUGAUGGAUGAACUGCUCCCUGGCUCAAGCUCUGUGAUGGAUGAACCGCUCCCUGGCACAAGCUCUCUGAUGGAUGAACCACUCCCUGGCACAAGCUCUGUGAUGGAUGACCUACUUCUAAGAACCAAGACAGAUGAUCCAGUUGCUGAAAUCAAAUAUAUGAAAGAGGACAUGCUCGAAUACAGCUCCGUUGAGGAUGACUUUGUUCCUGAAACAUACAUCCCAGAAGAUGAACAGCAUUCUGGAGCAAGGUGUGUGCUUGGUGACAUAGUUUGUAAACCAAGUACCACACCUGGGGUGCAAGUUCCUGAAACAGGCAUCAUAGAAGAUGCCCCAGUCCCUGAAAUAAGCGACAUAGUAGAUGCCCCAGUGUCUGAAAUAAGCACCAUGGUAGAUGCCCCAGACCCUGAAAUAAGCACCAUAGUAGAUGCCCCAGUCCCUGAAAUAAGCACCAUAGUAGAAACCCCAGCCUCUGAAAUAAGCAUCAUAGUAGAUGCCCCAGGCCCUGAAAAAAGCACCAUAGUAGAUGCCCCAGCCUCUGAAAUAAGCACCAUAGUAGAUGCCCCAGUUCCGGAAACAAACUCAUAGCAGAUGUCCAAGUUCCUGACACAAACACCAUAAUAAGUUUGCCAGUUACAGAAGCAAGCUUCAUAGCUGAUGCCCCAGUUCUUGAAACAAGCAUCAUAGUAGAUGCCUCAGUUUGUGAUGCAAACACAAUAGUAGAUUCCUCAGUUUGCUGGGCAGCCACUAUAGUAGAUGCCCCAAUCAUUGAAAUAUAUACCAUUAGUAGAUGACCCAGUGAUGUGAUCUAGGAAGAAACACAAUGGUAGAUGCCUCAGUCCCCGAAACAAGCAUCAUAGCUGAUGCCCCAUUCCUGGAACAAGCACCAUAAUAGAUGACCCGUUUCCUGAAACAAGCGUCAUAGUAGAUGAUGAAACAAGCACCAAGGUAAAGGUCCUAAAACAGGCACUGUGGAUGAUGACCAUAUACUGGAAGCAUAUCUGUAACUGUUUCCAAAGUGAACCUGUAGUUUAGCAGAUUGAAAUCAGCAAGUAGUAAAUGUUACCAUGUGAUUCUUCUGAUGUUCAAUGGAAUGAGUGAAGAUAUUUGUGGGAGUUCAAUUUUUCCAGAGUAUUGUUUUGAUUCAUCAUGUACUGAUCAUUUGUGGGUUUUUUGUCAUGAGUUGUUGUCAUAUAAAUUAUUAUUUAAAUACUGGCAGCUGACAAUAUCUGAAAUUGAUGAAUUAACAAAACAUUAUUGUUAAAACAAAAAAUGAUUAAUAAAUGUUGUGAUGAACUACAUA